AAAGGUGGAGUCAUGUAACACAAACUCAUGUAACCGAUCUGAAGAGGCGGAGGACGGUCCACAACUUCUUCAAUUAUUCACAACGACAGUAAACAGCUUUACAGAGCUCUCCAGCGGGGAUUUUUUUUGUUACUAAUCUUUGUUAGAAUGUUUAGCUGGUAUUGUUGUUGUUUUUAAACUAAUGGUUAUAAGAGGUCUUAUGAGAUGGCUGCCACGAACUGUUGCUGUUAGAUGGAGAUUUGAGGAACGGAGGUUGCGGAGUGGAUCACGGAUUUGACGGCCCCCGUAUCCGCUUUAACAGUCGGAGAGAAGAAAACAUGGAUUCCUUCAGCACGAAGAACCUGGCCCUGCAGGCCCAGAAGAAGCUUAUGAGCAAGAUGGCUACCAAGACGGUGGCCAACCUGUUUAUCGAUGACACGAGCAGCGACGUGCUGGAUGAGCUGUACCGUGCUACCAAGGAGUACACGCGCAACCGCAAGGAGGCGCAGAAGAUAAUUAAGAACCUCAUCAAGAUGGUGGUCAAAUUGGGCGUGCUGUACCGCAACGGCCAGUUCAGCAGUGAGGAGCUUCUGCUCAUCGAGCGCUUCCGCAAGAAGGUGCACACUCUGGCCAUGACUGCAGUUAGCUUCCACCAGAUCGACUUUACCUUCGACCGGCGUGUCAUGAGCAGCCUCCUGAACGACUGCCGCGAGCUGCUGCACCAGGCCAUCAACAGGCAUCUCACAGCCAAAUCACAUGCCCGCGUCAACCACGUCUUCAACCACUUCUCCGACUGUGAUUUCCUGGCAGCACUCUACAGCCCCUCUGAGGUCUACCGCACCCACCUGCAGAGGAUCUGUGACGGCGUGAACAAAAUGCUGGACGAAGGCAACCUCUGACCCUUUGUUUUUCUCACUGAGCUAUUGUUAUAUUCUGUUGGGUUUUUAUUGUAUGUGAAUAUUUUCACUUUCAUAUUUUUAUGUAGUGUGGCUUUUUGUUAUUUUUAACACAGCACCCUUCAUCGAAGCUCUUUCUGACUCGUUCUGAGUGGGCUGAACAGCUGUGUGUUUAUCGCGACAAUACAACACCCGCGUUUAAACCAUUAAAAGACGCGCAUAACCCAGACUUUAAACACUCGCUCAUAUCUGGAAGAAUUGUUCAAGGGUGCUGGCUGAGUUUUAAAGUUGAAGUAGCACAUGGACAUGCUUUCCCAAAGGUCCGUUCUUCUUGAUGAGAAGAUGUAUUAUAAAACUUGUCAUUUCAUGUGCUAAAAUAAUCAAGCUGAAGCAGAUUUUACAGUUUUGCUCUAGCAUUAGUUUGAGGUUUACAUUGUACACUUUCAUGUUCCUGCUUGAAAAACGUCAGCUCCAAUUGUCCUCAAAAGCCCAGUGUAAGCAAUCUCUCAAUGCAAACAUUCAUAGUCUUCAUGUCUAAUACCUGUGUGAGUCACAUGAGAAUGCAUGAAUUGAAUGGAGCUGUAUGUGGAGGAGAAACCGGUUUAGUGAAGUCUGAAAUGGUCAGUUCCUUGUCAUGUUUUUAUUCAUUUUUUUGCUGUGACAGAUGCCCUUUUCACCCUGAUGCAGUUCCUCAGUGGGAAUGAAGGCAAAAUGAUUAAUUGUACUACUAUUUCAUAAGUUUGUUUUUAUAUUUUAUUACUGGGCCUUUUUCUGUUUUGUUAUACUUUUUAUUUAAUUUUUUUGUGUGUGGCUAUCCGUGAGUUACUACAGUGACCUCCAUGGCUCUGAUUAAGACACCGUGUAAAUGAAGCAACUCUGCCAAAGAGAUGCUAAGCAGCAUUUUAUUUUAAGUGUAGGAAGGAACAAACCCCAGUAGCUGCUCUAGGGGUUCAAGUUCCCGGAAGCAGCACAUGACACUUCAGCAGCCUGUGCCCUAAUAUAUUUAAAGAUGUGAUGUAAGAGUUGAUUUUGAAUCUUAAACCACUUACAUUUCCCUGAUAAAUUGAGCAGCUGUUGACGGACCUACGUGAACAGGAUACUCCGUUUGUGUGCAGAGAUCCUGCCCAAUGCAUCCAGGUGAAACAAAUGUUUGCUUUCAAAGUUAUCACCAUCUUGCAUUGCAUAUCUAUUGUAUAACCAAAGAAGGGUGUUAUUACUACUCACCAUCCAAAGAUAAACAUGACCCAUAAAUGUUUUACAGCAUGUAUGCACUUAUCAGUAGUUAUAUUCUCUUUUUUUUUUUCUUCUUUAAAUAAAUGAUGUAUGUUUUAAAAAAAAAAAAAAAUGGAAUUUGUCCCCACCUGACACUAAAGUUUAUAGUCAUGAAGGCAACAAGCUUGAAGUUGAGUGAAAACCAACCUAAUAGUAAACACAGCACUUCUUCUCAGGAUUGAAGCCGACUCGCACACAAAAGGAUUAAAGAGUCCCGAAUUGCUAACCACCGAAAAGACUUGUAGGUGGACUUGUAGGUGUUUUUUGUCUGAUGUGCUUUCACCUUUCCAGACCGGUUGUAUAGAAGUACAUACAUAUUUUAUAUAUAUAUAUAUAUAAAGGAAUGCUUAUUUUUAAUUGA